ACAAUUAUUUAUUAAUAUUAUAAGGAACCCGGCGCUUGGUAAUUAAUAGCGCGUUGGGUCGUUGUGCGCAUGCGCGGAACACAUAAUGGCCACUUUUAUUAAAGCUGAGUGAUGAUUAAUAUUGUUUUUGCUCCCUGAACAUCUCCACCUCCACCUCCACCCCUUCACCCCUCCACCUCUCCACCGAGACUUUAUUCAUCUCCGUGUUUCAGAGCUUAUUGAGGUGGUGCGAAACUUCGAGGUGGUGAGGAAGAAAUGGCUCCAUGCAGAACUCGAGCUAAAGAAAUACAAGGAGCUGCUGGUGAAAUCGGACGUGGCCCGAGCCGCCCUGGAGGUGAAACUCAAACAUGCUCGCAAUCAGGUGGAUGUGGAGAUCAAGAAACGUUUUAAAGUCGAGGCGGAUUAUCAGUGCCUGGAACGUCAGAUGUUGAUGAUGACUGAAAUUCUCGCUCAAGACAGCAAAUCAAAUGCCUGCCUCAAUGAGGAACAGAGGAACAUGCUGGCCAGCUUCCAUCACCGAGGAGCUAACAUCACACAGCACAGAGGCAAACGGUUAUCAGUCAUCGAUGAGUCUUCCUUCCUGUCUCAUUCUGACAUCAGCUACGACAGGACUGAUGAUGACCUGGAUUUGGACACUGUGGCUGUGAAGCCCCUGAAGUCAAGACCUCGGGAGAAAAGACGUUCCUCGAUGGGGCCGAUGGUUGGACUUCCGAUACACAAACGUGGGCGAAUCAGUGGACGUUCUGGAGAUCUGCUCAGUGUGAGACCUUCGGAGAAGGAAGUGGAGGCGACGGUGGUUACUGCGUCAGUCAGUACACCUGACAGUGGUGGUCAGAUCCACAUGGUGAUUGAUAUCACUCAGGAAACUCCAGAGCCAAUCAGAACCCGAGCUGAUCUCCUUCCUUCUGUGAGCGAGCAGACAUCAGUGUGGGUUCACUCUGAAAUCACAGAGGUUGACAUGAUGGAUGAAACAAGCGCAGAACCCACAGUUCCUCCUUCUUUCAAUCCCGUUGUGGAUGCUAACAUCCAGAGCGCUAGCAACCAGAAUGCUAACAUGCAAAGCGCUAACUUCCAGAACGCUAACGUUCAGCAUAAUACUGUCCAGCACGUCUUCCUGCCCAAAACUGUGAUCCGUCCUGAGACCUGCACUCCGUGUAAGAAGAGAAUCCGUUUUGGGAAAGUCGCAGUGAAGUGCAGGGACUGCCGUGUGAUCGCUCAUCCUGAGUGUAAACACAUGUGUGUGGACAAAUGUUCUCCUCACACUCAGGGAACGGUUCAGUCUAAUCAGGACACAUUGGAGGGUUUUUGUCCCUCGACUCCACCACGGGUUCCAGCGCUGAUCAUUCAGUGUGUUAAAGAAAUCGAGCGCCGUGGCCUUGAGGAGAAGGGACUGUAUCGUGUACCUGGAGGAGAGCGGGCAGUGAAGGAGUUAAGGGAACGCUUCCUCAGUGCUAAACCUCUCCUGCUGCACAGAGUGGAUGAUGUUCAUGUGGUUUGUGGCCUCCUGAAGGACUUCCUGAGGAAACUCAGAGAGCCACUUGUCACCUUCAAACUCCACAAAACCUUCAUGGAGGCAGCAGAACUAGAUGAUGAUGAUAACGGCUCAGCGAUGAUGAUACAGGCCAUUGGAGAACUUUCACAGGCCAACAGGGAGACUCUCGCUUUCCUGAUACUGCAUCUGCAAAGGGUCACUCAGAGUCCUCCGUGUCACAUGGAUCAGAAUAAUCUCGCUCGUGUGUUCGGACCCACUAUUAUUGGACAUGGCAUGUUCGAACCAUCUCCACUUACUAUCAUGAGAGACACCAACACGCAGCCCAAAGUCAUGUUGAAGCUGCUCUCAUUCCCAUCUGAUUACUGGAAGGGUCUCCUUACCUCAGAGAGAGAUCAGGAAAGACCUCACACACACCCUGAGAGAGAUCAGCUCAUCUCUUCUGUCGUACGCUCGAACAUCUCGAGUGCCAAUAACUCCACUCCAACUUCAGACCGAGAUCGGAUGUUUAAACCCGUCACUUCUCCUGAACUGAGUAAAUACAGCAGGACUCCAGGUGGAUCCUCCAUUAAGGGCAGGAUCAAGACACUGGGCAGUGCUUUCAACAACCCAACCAAACCCAGACCUGAACCAACGAAGAAGAAGUUCUUUACAUCUCCAAAGUGAGACACUGGACUGUGUGUGUGUGUGUGUGUGUGUGUGUGGUUAUAACUGGUGGACACCAGUGUAUUGUAGCUGAUUAUUCACUCGCUCACUCACUCAUUCACUCACUCACUCACUCACUCACUCACACACACACACACACACACACACACACACACACACACCCCUACUGUAAUGUAUCAGGUACUUUCAUUCAAGACUUUUCACUGCACACUUGUUUUCAUGCUGAACAAGAUAAAAAAAAAUGUCAAAGUAAAUAAACUUAAUGCAUUGA